UAUCCCAAACACGUCAAGAUAAUCUAUUUUAUUCCAACACUUUCCUCUAAUCAUCAUUCGUUCAUUUACAUUUACAACCCUUCGUCUUCCUUUCCCAUUCUAUAGCAACAAAAAAAAAAGCAAAGUCAAUGGAAAAACUAAAACCUAACCCCGCAAACACCUCCCCUCUCACACCACUCACCUUUCUAGAACGAGCAUCAACAAUCUACAACGAUGUUCCUUCAAUCAUCUACAACGACACCGUUUUCACAUGGUCCCAAACCCACCGUCGAUGUCUCCAACUCGCUUCCGCAAUCACCUCCCUCGGAAUCCGCCGCGGAAACGUUGUCUCAGUCAUCGCUCCCAACAUCCCCGCCAUGUAUGAACUCCACUUCGCCGUCCCCUUCGCCGGCGCAAUCCUUAACAACAUCAACACGCGCCUCGACGCGCGUAUAAUCUCCAAUAUCCUCAUCCACUCCGAGUCUAAACUAGUUUUCGUCGACUACGCUUCACGCGAUCUCGUACUCGAAGCUUUGUUAUUGUUCCCUUCGUCACAACAACGUCCUCUUCUAAUCCUCAUCAAAGACGAUGAAGAAACAGAACCAGAACCUGUUUCUGUUUCUAUUUCUUCAUCAUCCACCGUUGGUUUCUUCUCCACUUACAAUGACCUAAUAACGAACGGUGAUCCAGAUUUUAACUGGCUUCAUCCUAUUUCCGAGUGGGACCCGAUGAUUCUCAACUACACUUCCGGAACGACGUCGUCUCCCAAAGGUGUAGUUCAUUCCCACAGAGGAGCUUUCAUCGUGACCCUCGAUUCUUUAAUCGAAUGGUCAGUUCCUAAACAACCGGUUUACCUCUGGACGCUACCGAUGUUCCACGCUAACGGGUGGAGCUUCCCGUGGGGGAUCGCGGCCGUUGGUGGAACUAACAUCUGCGUGAGAAAAUUCGAUACUGAAAUUGUUUACUCUCUGAUCAAAAAGCAUCACGUGACUCACAUGUGCGGUGCUCCGGUUAUUCUCAACAUGCUAACUAACUUGCCGGAUAUCAAACCGUUGGAGAAACCAGUUCAUAUUCUCACAGCCGGAGCACCGCCGCCAGCUGCGAUUCUUUUUCGUACGGAGUCGUUAGGUUUUACGGUGAGUCACGGGUAUGGAUUAACUGAAACCGGCGGGUUGGUGGUUUGUUGCACGUGGAAGAAGAAAUGGAAUUUGUUACCUGCGACGGAGAGAGCACGGUUGAAGUCACGGCAAGGAGUGAGGACGAUUGGGAUGACUAGCGUUGAUGUGGUGAGUCCCACCGGUGAAAGUGUGAAACGCGACGGAGCGACUUUGGGGGAGGUUGUUAUGAGAGGUGGUUGUGUUAUGUUAGGCUAUUUGAAGGAUCCUGAAGGAACCGCGAGUUCUAUGAAGAAUGGUUGGUUUUACACCGGUGAUGUUGGAGUGAUGCAUGAGGAUGGAUAUUUGGAGAUUAAAGAUAGGUCAAAGGAUGUGAUUAUCAGUGGCGGUGAGAAUCUGAGUAGUGUGGAGGUUGAGUCGGUGUUGUAUGGACAUCCGGCGGUGAAUGAAGCGGCGGUUGUGGCGAGAGCUGAUGAAUUUUGGGGGGAAACGCCGUGUGCGUUUGUGAGUUUGAAAGAUGGGUUGAAAGAAAGGGAAAUUCCGACGGAGAAAGAUAUAGUUGAGUAUUGUAGAAAGAAUUUGCCGCAUUAUAUGGUUCCGAAAACGGUGGUGUUCAAGGAGGAGCUUCCUAAAACCUCUACGGGGAAGGUUCAGAAGUUUGUGCUUAGACAGAUUGCAAAGGAUAUGGGGCCACUUAAAAAAAGUCGUUUGUGAAAGAUAAGAAUAAUGUUGUACCGUGGGUCCAGAAGAGGUAAAGUGAUUGAAAAUGGAAUCAUUUUUAAUAAUAAUGAGAGAGAUUAUUUCUAUGUGACAAAUACUAAUAAAUUGAGAAUAAUGUGUCGUCGAAUCUUUCACGGUUCUUCUUAUUCACGGAUUCUAAGGACUCUUAAUAUGAAAAUACAACUUUGGUCUAUAUAUUAUUUAUCUAAAGAUUUCUCUAUUCUAAAAA